AUGACAAAUCAGCUUUCUCUUAUUCAGAAGUUAAAAGUUUGCUAUUUGAAGCUACGCGAUGAUCAAUCAGCAUCCUACUGUCUGGGGAAGUUUCUCAGUCUCCUGUCUCAUCUUACAGACCUGGAGACUGAAUCAUGUUCCUUUCAUGAUGAUUUCUACAAAGAGAUUGCUGAUCGAGCUUCGUUAUCUCAGAUUCAAAAGUUAAAAGUUUCCUGUUUGAAGCUACGUGAUGAUCAAUCAGCAUCCUACUGUCUGGGGAAGUUUCUCAGUCUCCUGUCUCAUCUUACAGACCUGGAGACUCAAUCAUGUUCCUUUCAUGAUGAUUUCUACAAAGAGAUUGCUGAUCGAGCUUCGUUAUCUCAGAUUCAAAAGUUAAAAGUUUCCUGUUUGAAGCUACGUGAUGAUCAAUCAGCAUCCUACUGUCUGGGGAAGUUUCUCAGUCUCCUGUCUCAUCUUACAGACCUGGAGACUCAAUCAUGUUCCUUUCAUGAUGAUUUCUACAAAGAGAUUGCUGAUCGAGCUUCUUCAUCUCAGAUUCAAACAGUCCAACUGGAAUGUGCAUCUAACAUAUCAGUCGAGGAAUCCAAGCAGCUAGCCAAGUUUCUCUGCUCUCUACCCUGGCUUACAAACUUAAAGGUCGUUGAGGGGAAAACAUUACAUGAUGAUUUCUUUGCUGAACUUAAUUCCUUUGCUGCAUCCUCACAGCAACCUUACUUCAGGGAAAAGAAACAUGUCAGAAUGCUACGGAAUUGGUCAGCAAGAAAACGUAAUCGUCAAAAACGUCAACAACGACAACGCAACCAGUGUGAAACACAACAUUCGCCACACCAUGGUCUAGAAGAAGCAACACAGGACACCGCUGUUAGCCAGAGACAGGAAGAUGCAACCCCAAUCGAAACUGAUGACUCCUCGCUAUCAUCAUCUUCAGAAUACAUCAAUUCCCAAACUUCGGUGUAUCAAGGAGGGCUGUCAAUUGGAAUAAAACCAAUCUAUGAGAAUGAUGAUAACCUUGCCAUGCCCUCAACCAGUGGAUUGAGUUCUGCACAAAGCAGAACUGAUGCAGGUAUGGAAAUCAGGCUCAAUAAUUUUUAUAGGCCCUUAUAUUCACCAUGCAAUGACUAA